AUGUCCAUGGGUGAUCAAAGUCCGAAAAGCACCAUUACCGAUCCUCGACAACUUGAAUCUAUAUUAUUUAUAACGCUUAACGUCCAAUAAGGGAUAGCCUUGUCCAGAGCUCCAUCAUAUUUAUUCACGUGUUAGGUCCAUGGACCUCUGGAUCGAUCCACUUCGAUUCACCAAGGCACAGGUAAUUACAGCGUUUCGGCUUCAACAGGUCUUUCUUCCACAUGGCUUUCUACGACUCAACUCCUGCGCAUGUUUCGCCUAAGGUCACCUUCUUCUAUUGUGCUGAGGGGUAAAGACCUGAGCCUCUUGAACACACUGAGGAGCAGUUCCUCUGAGUCAAAUCGCUGUUAUGUGCAGAAGUUCUUGAGGUAAAACCCAACCCCAUAAAUAAAAUUGUUUGAAGAGAGAAAAUUAGCAGAACUAAUUUCAUUCGAGCCGAAUACCAUUUUAUUUAUCCCUCGACAACUUGAAAGCUUUGCUGACACUCAAAACAGCUUCGCUUCAUCAGUCACCUCAUCCGCAAGCCUUUUCAGCCAAAGUCCGAUUGGUCUUAAAGGUGAAAGAAAUCUCGAAUGGAAGCACGAUAAUAAAUGUUACAUUUGCAACAAAAAAUUUAAUUUAACCACAAGACGUCACCAUUGCAGAUAUUGCGGAAAUUCUAUAUGCAAAGAUCACAGCUUAAAACGGCUUUCAGAUGAAGACCAAAAAGAAACACGAAUCUGUGUAAACUGUGAUAGAGAACUAAUUAAAAAUGAAAUCCAAGAAGAAAUUCAAGCUGAAAUAGCCAAACUUCAGCUAGAAGCUCAACAAGGGAGAGACACCAAUGAAAAGCUGUAUAAAGAACAGUCAGAAAAAAAUGCAAGAGUAAAUGAAUUAGAAGAAGAACUGACAAGAGCUGAAAGGAUUCAAAGAUCAAAAGAACAAGAACUGCAAAAUAAAUUGCAAGAAGAACAGACCAAAGGAGAAAAAGCAAGAGAAAAGGUAGAUGAGCUGAGAAAAGCAUUAGAAGAGUCCCAUAACUCGGAAAGAGAUAUAAAUGAUAAGUGUAAUGAAGCAGAAAAUACUUUAGAAAAAUUGAAGACUGAAGAAGAAACUUUAAAAGACCGAAAAAAUGAGCUGACACAACAAAUUGAAGAUUUAAAUAAAAGACUUAAAGGGAGCUUACCGCUAGAUCAGGUCAGAAAUGUGUUGUGCCAAAGAUGUGUUGGAAGAUUAAACCAAAUAUAUAGGCCUAAUUUGUUCAAUAACGGAGCUAUUCCAGAAGAAGACAGUGAAUAUGCUGCGAGUAAAGGGAGCAUUUAUGAUAAAUAA